AUGCGCCGGACGGCGGGACCGGGGCCGCCGGGCCAGGGCCGCCUCCCGGGGACCCGCGGCCUGAAGGCCCCGCCGCCGCCGCUGCUGCUCCUGCUCGCGCUGUUGCCGCUGCUGCCCACGCCUGGCGCCGCUGCCGCCCCGGCCUCGCGGCCCCCGGCGCUGCCGCCCGCGGCCGCGGGGCCCAGCGUGAGCCUCUACCUGAGCGAGGAUGAGGUGCGCCGGCUCAUCGGUCUUGAUGCAGAACUUUAUUAUGUGAGAAAUGACCUUAUUAGUCACUACGCUCUAUCCUUUAACCUGUUAGUACCCAGCGAGACAAAUUUCCUGCACUUCACUUGGCAUGCAAAGUCCAAGGUUGAAUAUAAGCUGGGAUUCCAAGUAGACAAUUUUGUGGCUAUGGACAUGCCCCAGGUCAACAUUUCUGCUCAGGGGGAAGUUCCACGCACUUUAUCAGUGUUUCGGGUCGAGCUUUCCUGUACGGGCAAAGUAGAUUCUGAGGUUAUGAUACUCAUGCAGCUCAACUUGACAGUAAAUUCUUCAAAAAACUUUACAGUCUUAAAUUUUAAACGAAGGAAAAUGUGCUAUAAAAAACUUGAAGAAGUAAAAACUUCAGCCUUGGACAAAAACACUAGCAGAACUAUUUAUGAUCCUGUACAUGCAGCUCCAACCACUUCUACGCGUGUGUUUUAUAUCAGCGUAGGAGUUUGCUGUGCAGUAAUAUUUCUUGUAGCAAUAAUAUUAGCUGUUUUGCACCUUCAUAGUAUGAAAAGGAUUGAACUGGAUGACAGCAUCAGUGCCAGCAGUAGUUCCCAAGGGCUGUCUCAGCCGUCUACCCAGACGACUCAGUAUCUGAGAGCCGACACACCCAACAAUGCAACUCCUAUUACCAGCUCCUCAGGUUAUCCUACUUUGCGGAUAGAGAAGAACGACCUGAGAAGUGUCACUCUUUUGGAGGCAAAAGCUAAGGUGAAGGAUAUCGCAAUAUCCAGGGAGAGGAUAACUCUAAAAGAUGUACUCCAAGAAGGUACUUUUGGGCGUAUUUUCCAUGGGAUUUUAGUAGAUGAGAAAGAUCCAAAUAAAGAAAAACAAACAUUUGUGAAAACAGUUAAAGAUCAAGCUUCUGAAAUUCAGGUGACAAUGAUGCUCACCGAAAGUUGUAAGCUCCGAGGUCUUCAUCACAGAAAUCUUCUUCCUAUUACCAAUGUGUGUAUAGAAGAAGGAGAAAAGCCCAUGGUGAUAUUGCCUUACAUGAAUUGGGGGAAUCUUAAAUUGUUUUUACGGCAGUGCAAAUUAGUAGAGGCCAAUAAUCCGCAGGCAAUUUCUCAACAAGACCUGGUCCACAUGGCUAUUCAGAUUGCCUGUGGAAUGAGCUAUCUGGCCAGAAGGGAAGUCAUCCACAAAGACCUGGCUGCUAGGAACUGCGUCAUUGAUGACACACUUCAAGUUAAGAUCACAGACAAUGCCCUCUCUAGAGACUUGUUCCCCAUGGACUAUCAUUGUUUGGGAGACAAUGAAAACAGGCCGGUUAGGUGGAUGGCUCUUGAAAGUCUGGUUAAUAAUGAGUUCUCCAGCGCUAGUGAUGUGUGGGCCUUUGGAGUGACACUGUGGGAGCUUAUGACUCUGGGCCAGACACCCUACGUGGACAUCGACCCAUUUGAGAUGGCUGCAUACUUGAAAGACGGUUACCGAAUAGCCCAGCCAAUCAACUGUCCUGAUGAACUAUUUGCUGUGAUGGCUUGUUGCUGGGCCUUAGAUCCGGAGGAGAGGCCCAAGUUCCAGCAGCUGGUCCAGUGUCUCACAGAGUUCCAUGCAGCCCUGGGGGCCUACGUCUGACUCUGCUGUCACAGUCUCAUGGCGUCAGGAGGAACGUGCCUGCCGGGCCUGCUUGGAGCCAAUCUUGGAUGCCACAUACGUCAUGCAGCGCCACAGAAGCACAUUUGUCUUCCAGAACACCAUGCCUUAGGAAUGCUUUAGAAUUUGAACUAUAUAAGACAGACUUAAUGAUAUGGAAUAUUUUCUAGAUAUCACUUUUAUUAGAUUGAACUGAAAAUGUUUGUGUAAAUUUUUUGGCCAAAAUUUUUUUAAACAUAGUUAACUUUGGAC